CUGAGGCAUCGCAACCCACCAUAUAUACCCUAUUUCACUUUUCACGGCCUGUGGCUCUGGCAGUGUGUCCCUUUUCUUCCACCAAGUGUGUCUCUUCUUCUUCCUCCUCUCAGUAGGCUGUGAACUGCAAAAACCGCCAAGAUGUCUGAGAAGAAGCUGACUUCCAGCCGUAGGCAUCACCUGAAGAGUCUGAUCCUUCAGAUCGCUCAGAACUGGCUCGACCAGGAGAAGAAGGAUGCCGUCGUGGCUAAGGAAGCCUACCUGGCCGAACACUGUCCCGCCCCUGACAUGAGCGGAGACCAGGCCGCCCUCAUGGAACUUUGCAAGAAGCUCCACGCCGUCAUCGACAAGAUCGAUGAGGAGAGGUACGACGCCGAGGCCAAAGUGCAGAAGGCCGACAAAGAGAUUGAGGACCUGAACAUCAAAGUGGUGGAUCUGAGAGGUGUGAAGAAACCCGCGCUGAAGAAAGUGCGUAUGUCUGCUGACAGCAUGCUGAAGGCGCUGCUGGGCUCCAAACAUACAGUCAACAUGGACCUGAGGUCCAACCUGAAGCAGGUCAAGAAGGAGGUCAAAGAGGAGCCUACAGAAGCCGUGGGCGACUGGCGUAAGAACAUUGAAGACAAGGCCGACAGGAAGAAGAUGUUCGAGUCCUCCUAAACAAACCGCCUCCGUUUGUUUUUCUGUGUAUAUGAACUCCCAGUGUCUUACGUCUGUUGGCCUAACCAGUCGAGGUUUCAUUUGUUUAAGUCAAGUCACACGGGGCUGAACAGCAGGAAAGCAUGAGAGGAGUCACUCUGCAGCGUAGUCGAGGUUCUCGAGGGUUUUUUGCACUUUGUCGUGUGUGGAGGGAGGAGAGUCCAGAGUUUCUGCAGGUUCACGCACCAACAUCAAGUCUUAAAUUCCACUCGUCACAGUAACAUUUACACACAAUAACCUAUGUUGGAUAGAAACAAUAAAUCAAAUGUGGAAGAAC